AAAUAUAUUUGGAGAUCGGCUUCGGCUACGGCUUGGCAGACAUUUUUUUCUUUCUACAAUUUUAAAUUAAAUUUAUUAGAAUAAAUGCUUCGAACACACGCGAUCUAAGUACCUUUUGUGUUUAUUAUACCUUACCUACCUAGGUAUAAAAAGAGUACUUACGUAGAUUUUCUUUUAUUAACUGUUUUAUACGAAGAUCUUGAUCUCUCAAAUUAGCAUCCAUUUUACUUCCAGUGAUUAUCAACUAAAUUAAUAAUCCACAAAGUAUUAAAUAACGUUUUUAUGAAAUAUUUAGCACAAAAACAAUACCCUUUAAAUAUCGAUCGUCAGUAACUGUGGCUGACUUACCUAUAUUCUAGCAAGCAGGACUGCCAGAUGUGAAGGGGAAAUCCCCAAUAAAUUGUUGCAUGUGACUGAUGAUGUGAGCAUGUUCGUUUCAUAAUAAAAAUGUUGCCAGGUAACCAAAAAGUCGUAUGUUUUUGUGCGAAUUACGAUCAUAAUCUUUACGAUCGUACAUUAAAAAAUAGACAAAUAAUAGUAUGAGUACGAUUUAAAUCGUAUAUCUGUCAACCCUGCUAGCAAGACAGCGACAAAAUCACGUUGCAUAACAAUGUAGCCCAAGCUUAUAUCUUAUGAAAUAUACGGAAGAGAUACGGACUUAGAAAAAACAGAAAUGUUGUUCUUUGUGGAAGUCAUUGAUGAAAUUCUAUGUAUUUUAGCCCGCAAACUUUCUUCAAACAAAAACAGCGCCAUCUAGUAUCGAGUUCUGUAAUUAUCUCUUUGUUUAUGGAUUUGAAGUAAGACCGCCACGCAUGCAAUACAUUAUGACUGGGGAUUCCCCUAUUCGUCGACGCUGAAUAUGAGGCGACGACAAUCACUGUCAAACGUGUUCACUAUUACUCUGACUCUGGUAACGUGACUUCCUGGUAACGUGUUAGGUAGGAAAAGCAGUAAAAAAGUGCAUAUUAAGGGAGCAGAUUUGAAAUAAUAUUUAUACUUAACAAGAAAUAAUUAAAGGUUCAAUGGGGAGACCUAAAGAUUUACGCAUAUGGGAGCACUACCGUACUUUACCAAACAAGUCUGUUUCUUGCAAGCUUUGUAAUAAGGUCUACAAAUUCAGUAAUGCUGCCAAAAUGCUUCAACAUCUUAUCACUUGUCCAAAAUCUCCAGAAACAUUAAAAGACUCUAUGAAACUUAUAAAAGAUAGCUCGUCCAAAACCAAAAUGUCUGGACUGUCAGAGAUAGAGACAAAUGAUUCUUUUAUAAGCCCCUCGUCGUCUGCUAACACUACAAUAAAUGCUGAGUUUCAAGACACCGAUGAUCAUAUAAAAACAGAAUUAGCGAGAGCUAUAUUUGUAACAGGGACGCCAUUAUCGAUGGUGCAACAUCCUUUAUGGAUACAAUUUUUCGAAAAAUUGCAACCAAAAUUUAAAAUACCUUCACGUAAAGCUUUAGCGACAAAAUACUUAGAUAAAAUAUAUAGAGAAAUGCGUUUUGAAUUAAAUGAGGAACUAAAUGCUUGUAGUUACUUACACCUUCAGUGCGAUGGCUGGUCUAAUUUAAGAAAUGAAGGAAUAAUAAACUUUCUUAUAUCAAAACCUCAACCUGCAUACGUUAAAAGUUUGAAUACAGAAAGUAAUCCUCACACUAGUGAAUACCUUAGCCAAGAAGUUGAAAAAGUAAUGAAAGUGUAUGGAGCAAAUAAGUUUCUUGUACUUAUUGGCGAUAACGCUAGAAAUAUACAAAAGGCAUUCGAAUUAACAAAACUCAAAUAUCCACAUGUUGUUCCUCUCGGUUGCUGUGCACAUAUCCUUAACUUGUUGUGCCAAGAUAUUGUAAAGAUACAAGAAGUAACUGUGUUUAUUAUGCAAGCCAUAAAUAUAAUAAAAACUGUUAAAAGGAGUCAACGAUUAAGUUCCUUGUUGAUAAAAUCAAGGCAGGGUGAAGAUUCUACACAAACACUAAAAUUGCCUUGUGCUACAAGAUGGGGAAGUCAUGUUACUUCGUUAAAAAGUUUGAAAGCAAAUAAGAUAGCUUUGCAAAUAUUAACAGUUAGAGAAGAUGUGGUAAUUUCAAGAGAUAUUAAAGAUUUAAUUCUAAGUGAUGAUUUCUGGACGAAGACAGGGGAAUGUAUAAGUAUUUUGGAACCAGUCACUGAAAGCAUAUUUUACUUAGAGAGCGACCAGAAUCGUUUGCAUCGCACAUACAUUACAUUUAGAGAUGUACAAGCUAAGAUACGUUUUGCAUUAAAUGAGAUUUCGACAUUGAGCGAAGAAAGCAAACAGCAGAUUCUAACAUCAGUAUCUUCAAGAUGCAAUAUGGCAAUGAGGCCAAUACAUUUUGCAGCAUAUAUUCUAGACCCCAGGACUCUAGGAGUCGAACUUACUCAAGAGGAAGAACUUAAGGGUAUGGAGUUUAUCUACAAUUUAAGCCAACACUUAAGUUUGUCAAAUGUAAUGGCAGAUUUGGCGUGUUAUAAAGCUAAAGAAAACUUUUGGGCCAGAGGAUUUGUAUGGAGCUCAUUAGAUAGCAUUGAGCCCCUAAUAUGGUGGAAAGGUAUUUGUGGUUCCACUGAGUUAAGCAAAGUAGCGAUUCGUAUUCUAUCAGCUCCCUGUACUUCGGCAGCCACUGAGCGUUCCUUUAGUAUCCAAGGCUACAUACAUAAUAACAAAAGAAAUCGACUUACAACUGAAAGAACUGAAAAAAUUUCAUUCAUUUGUUAUAACUGGAAUCUUAAACAUAAAGCUGAAUGCGAGGACAUUCAGUUUAAUGAAGAAAAUACCUUAGAAGCUUUCAUUGAGCAAGUAAAUGAACAUAACAGUUUAGACGAAAUAGAGCCUAUCGAACCUAUACAAUUCAUCGCUUGUAAUAACUCUGAAUCUGACAGUGAUUGACUGUAGUUUUACAUUUUACUUUCAUCUCUUUCUUAAUAAACUCAAAAUCAAAUUAAAAGUUUUUUAUUCUGUAGGCUGCAUAAUAAUAUUGUCUAUGUCCAGUAUAGUGGACGUCUUGCGGCUGAGAUGACGAUGAUGAAGUACAAAAUCAUAAACACCCAAAAAUUUGGGUGUUUAUGGGGUUUAAACCCAAUAAACCCAAAACACCCGGUUUUUACCCACCAGACUUUAAACCCACCCAGGUGGAUUGCCCAUUCUCUAUAUGUUAUAUGUUAUGUUGUAUACAAAGAGACUUUCAUUCCUGGGGUAUAACGUCUCACACGAGGGCAUAAAACCUCUCAAUAGCAAAGUUGAAGCCAUCAAGGAAUUUCCCGUUCCGAAAAAUGAGAAUUUUUCAUCAUCCCAAAGGCAGCCGAAAUUCAAGGACCCUUGAACGUAUUGCUGACAGGACCAAGCAAAGCCUCCCGCUCCAUUAAUAUACUCGUAAAUGGCGAAUCACUUACCGCAUUCGAAAAAUGCAAAGAGAGUCUCUGUCAAGCGACAUUGCUGGCUCACCCUGAUCUGGAAGCGAGAUUAGCGUUGGGUACUGACGCAUCAGACAUCGCUAUCGGUGCUGUUCUCCAGCAACAGAAAGAUGGCGUAUGGCAACCAUUGGCUUUUUCUCUCGUAAAUUGAGCCAAUCACAACGAAAGUAUUCCCCUUACGAUCGAGAAUUACUAUCCAUUUAUGAAGGCAUUAAACACUUCCGUCACAUGAUGGAAGCACGACACUUGACAAUCUUCACUGAUCAUAAGCCCAUCACCUUCGCAUUUGAAACAAGGAAACAGAACUGCUCACCUAGACAAUUUCGGCAUUUAGACUACAUCAGUCAAUUUACAACAGAUAUCCGCCACAUAUCAGGUAGCGCUAACGUUGUGGCUGAUACCCUCUCACGUAUCAACGAAAUCCAGCAGCUAAUUAACUUAAAAACUGGAGGAAGUGGUUGUUAAUGUAUAUCAAAAUAUUUUUGUUCACUAUGUUAUUUUUUUAAUAAAGGUGCGACACUGGUUGUUUGGUACAUAUAAAAGUGACACUUUUUUAUUCG